CGUGUGUGGGCGUGUGGCUUCAAGGUGGGCGUGUCCGAGACUGCGGGCGUGGGCAAGCUACAGUUCUCUAGUGAAUGGCCGCGGCGUCAUCCUCUAGCUACUUUUGUUAACAAUUUUGGUCAUGUGCUCAGGUUCUACGGGGAGUGGGCGGGCGAGGGACCCGUGUCCAGUGGUGUUACCACGCCCGUGACGGAACGGGUGGAACUACGCUACUAUCUUGAAGACAACACAGGCGAGGUGCGUGUCCAUCACCUCACCCCCACCAGGACGCCCUCACGCCCACACCACCCAGCCUCCCCACUAAAAUCCUCAAGCGAGCGCCCAUACCCAAGGAACUGUGUGAGUUGAGCGGAGCGGCGGCGGUGGGUGCAGUGGGUCGACCCACUCUCAACUUGGUGGGACUAAGGGGCAGUCGAGCCCAUCUCAAAGACAGAAGACCACAGGCAGCUGCGAGCCCAGAGUUCCUGGGUCCCAGCGACUUAUUACUGGGAAACACUGUGCGGGUCGGAGGAAGACUGCUCAGGCUCUGUGAGUGUGACGCCUUUACUACUAAUUACUACAAGAAAGUCUUUGAUAUUGAGCAGCAGCCUACGGAAUACCAGUACCUGCAGAGGAAGCUGGCGAUCCCUAGAGUACCUCGCUCUGUGCCCCUGGACCCACGCUGGCUGGAGGAACCACCUAGAGACCCAUUACACCCGCUACCCACCACUGUCACUACCCUAGUGGGUGGUAUGCACGCCCGCUCCCUCAGGGACGACUGCGAAGAUAAAAUUCUACGUUUUGGGGCGCACCUCGUCACCGAUAAAGAAAAGGACAGAGAGAGAGAAUUCGUGAUUAAUUUUUAUGUCUACGAUUCGACAAUAUCAGUCUACGAAAUACCCAAGAUCAACUCAGGAAUGCGUGCUGGUAUGUUCCUGGGUCGCAGUCUGGUAGUGGAGCCUGGUGGUGCAGGUCACCUGGACGGUCAGCACCUCUACGCUGGCGCCACCGUCACCCUUAAUUCACAUGUCUUCCGUCUCACCCACGCGGAUGAGUUCACUCACAACUACAUGGAGGAACACGCAGACGAGUUCCCGCAAGCCAACUAUAAUGUUGCAUUGGACGAGGCUCGGCGCUGUUUGGGUCACCACCAGCUGACUGACCUCCUUCACCAGAUGACCCCUCGUGACCCCGAGAAGACAGGCUUUGCUCCCACCUCCGUAGUGGUGUCUGCGCUGCUCACCGCGCUUAAAGGAUCGAAGUUGAGCUUGCAGCAGGUGACUACCUUGGCACGCCGUCACCGUCGCCUGCAGGCCAACCCUCUCACCCGCCAGCACCUCUCACACCUCGCUGCCCUUCACUUCAAGCGGCACAAUUUUGAUGGAGUACAGGACUUGAGCUGUGGGCUGCGUGGUCGUGAUAUAGAGGGUCGUGGGCGGCUGCCAGCCAACACAGUGCGGGCGGCACUCUUGGCUAUCCGGCCGCCCCUCACCACAACACUAAUCGAUGCACUUGUCAAAAGUGUGACUCAGGAUGAUGGAGAGAUCGAAUAUGAACGACUCUGUGAGGAUAUAGACUGGCGUCGACGACCUCACAUUCACGACAAUCUGCCGUGUCAGGUCAGUUUUCCCAAUUGUUUGUGCACUUCUGGCAAAGAAUGAGACAUUUGUGCAACA